AUGCCAAUAGAGAAACGGAAGUCGCAUUCUACAUAUUACCAUGCUUCCCUUGCUCAGAACAUCGCUAAGAACAGUUUUGUUGUUAUGCCUUGCUCUUGUGUUAUAAGGUCUAUAUUUGUUGAGGUCGUUCUUACGAUAGCUCUACAGCGUCGUAUCAAAGAUGCUAAACGUCGUGCCGAACUUGAGCUAGAUAAAUCCUAAUACCGUCUAGAAGAGGCCUAGCGUGAGUUGUCCGAAAAGCUUGCACGGCUCCGGCGUCUUCGUCAGCAGAAGGAGUUUUUAGUAGAGAAAGGUGCCGAUAUGGUGGCGCGUGGUCUGUCGACCUUAGACAAGUUAGAGGAGGUUAAGUAGCAAGAGACGCCUACUAUACCCUCGUCAUAGAUUAAUGAUGCCGUCGAUGCU